AUGCUAGCCAAUGUUGCCAAUCCGAUCCUAUCCGAUAUUUACCCGGUAGAAAAAAGCUGUCCACCUCUGAUCAAUACUACUCUCGCACAUCCUCCUCACGCCAACGCACAGCUCUUCCCGAAUGCCGGUGUCAACGAAACUACUGUCGCGGUGUCAGAGGAAUGCCGGUCCCAAACGAUGGCCAUCUUGAACCUGCGGCCUCUCGAGACCUUCAGCCUCCGUCACUGCGCUGCGCCGAGGAGGUUGCACCAUGUUUCGCCAUAUGGAUCGGGACUGAAUUUGCAAGGCCUCACUCGAAGCCCUGGACGGCCUGCAAACAAAGACAUUCAUUGUACGAGACAAUGCCCCAACACCUUCGCAUCAACACCACCGCCACCGCGCAGACAUCCUCCGCCAAAGUACCGUGCAUACGCCAUACACACAUGUAGGCCCACCAGCGUCCGUUGGAGAUUCACUGCUGAGUUCCAUACGCUUUCUAGAAAAUCACAUCCUGGCGCAUUCAUCAUGAGGCCGAUCAUGAAUUUCAUGCGCAAUGCCGCCCAAAAACGUGUCAUGAACGCUAUGCGCAAGCUGGCGGCUGGCCAUAGAGUCCCGCACAUCAGCUGGCUCAUCUUCGCCAUCACAUUCUGGUUCUUCGGCACAUCAGACAACUCCAGGCUGGCCAUAUUCGCCAACAUCGUCUGCAUGCUCUGCAUCUUCUACAUGUUGCUGCUGAUCGUCUGCUCCCUUCUCUUUUUCCGCGGACAUUCUGCGAGCUACCAGGCCCGACACCGCACAUCCCUACAUCUCGUCAUCAGCGGAGCCCUGACCGCCAUAGGCUGUUCGCUUACGUUGGUCAUUCUGAUCGCCAUCCUCUCUCCAGGACCAGGCCUGCCCGGAAGUUCGCACUUCGUCAAGGAUUGGAACCAGUUCCUGAACGACACCGCCACUGUGAGAGACUACUCAGGCGCGGAGCUUCCGAACAUCUACAAUCAUGCAGCGACAGGCGCAUACAAAGGUCUUGUUGCAGCAUGCAGGCUUCGACCAGGCAUGACCGAAAUGAUUGAGUGGCCCUGGGAUUCGGUCUCCAGGAUCCAUCCGAAGUUUGAGCUGGACAAGACUCGGACAGAAUGGGGCUGCUGGAAGCCGGCAGAGAACGAGAGCAUUCACGACUCCCAUCUAGGCUCCGACUUCGACGAGGAAGAAGGACGCUUUCGCCGGAAAGCCGUUGACUUUGCGGUACACAUGACCGGGUUCACGAAAGCUGUCAAGAAUGUCGAAGACAGUAUCAACAAGACCAUUUCCGUACUUCUCAGCCACGGCGUCUACACUGCUUUGAACUCUGUGCGCCACAAUCUCGGUUCUCAUAUCACCCACAGCGGCGAACCAGCUUCCACGUACUUGUGGAAAUAUCGCCUCGUAGCGUUCUACUCCCCCGUCAUUCAGCACACCCCAUGGUCCGAACUGAAUUGGCGCUUCCGUCUGCGGAUCCAAAUCAGCACUAUCACUCGUCCAGUGUUCUCCAUCCUGCGAGCUAUGUUCUUCUCAUCUCCCACCUUGGAAGAAGAGUUGUACAACGCACUCGGCGAUCAAUACUUCGAUUCCAAUUACUACACGAAACGCACCGACCUCACCUUCCACUUCAAGCAAAUCGAACACUUCCGGGAUGCGGCCACAGGUGAUUACAAUGAAUUGAUGUCCCUAUCCUUUGCGAAAAUCCAUCGACGCCAUCCAGACUUCGCAGGCCAGUUUUCGGCAGUGCGACGUCUCCUCAAAGAACCUGGUACGGAAGAAGGUUCGCAUUACGAAAACUUCCAGAACCUGAAGACAGCAGCCAUGGCGGGUGAUUCCAGUGGUGUCACGGAUGUAGCUCCUUUCCAGGACGUUGCCCUCACGGAAUGGUGGAAGCCAGUUCUGGAAAAGAUGAUUCGUGUCAACAUUCUGCAGAGAAUCGACCAGUUCGGGAAAGGUGUUGAGCAGUUGCGGAGAGAGGGAAGGACUCUUUCAGCAGAGGAUAUUAAGGGCUUGUUGCUGGAGGGAAGUCAGGAGUUUCUAUUGUUGCCGGACCUACUGCCUGACGAUGAGGAGCCUCCUACUCACUCCACUGGUUCACGAUACGCCAUUCCGAUCAUACUCAUGCUGGCAUUCUCCGGCUACUAUGUGUGCGCACUGCCGAGCGCUUGA